AUGACUGUUCCUGGUUUGAAAAACCCAUAUUCGAUGGCAGUUGUUAGAGACUAUUUGUUUAUUUCGGAAUGGCAAAGUGAUAAACUGCACAAAGUAAAAAUUCUUAUUGAGCUUUCUACCGAUAAACCAGACGAUUCAUCGACAUACGAAAGGUUGUUAUUUGGAAACAGAGAAGGAUUAAACGCGCUUUCUGCUUCAAAAGAUUGCAAACAUUUGAUUGUCACGUGUCCUGAAGUGUCAAAGUUGAAACUAAUAGACAUUAACGGAACGAUCAUUCGACAAAUUCCGCUUGAUUCAAGCAUCAAUAAGCCAUAUCACGCUAUACAGUUGAAUGAUGAUGAUAGUCAGGAAGCGUUUUCCAUAACCCAGACGGAAAAUGAAACGAAUGCAACAUUCCCAAGGGAGCGUACGGAAAGGUAUGCAAUCAGCCAAGUCGGAGAGCUAUUCAACAGGAUUGUUUUAAUUGAUGGAACAGGAAAAAUGUUGGCAACUUAUGGGAUAAUGAAAGGUGGACCUGGUGCCGUGGAUAGAAAAAUGAGCACCUACAGUUUUAGCGCUACACAGAUACAAGCAACAACGCAAGAACAACUCAACGGUCCAUUCAGAUUGUGCGCUGACCUGAUAAACAAUCUAGUUUUCGUUUCCGAUCAUUAUAACCACAGAAUUUUAUUGCUAGAAUCACGUACAUUAAAGCAUGUAAGGGAGCUUAUUUCUCCAACCUUUGGUUUAAGUUUCCCUCUAGAUAUAUGCUUCGAUACAGAAAGACAACUCCUGCACGUGGCCGACCUAGACAACAAAAGGUUCAUCACCUUCAAAUUCAACUGA